AAGACAGUCAGCAAAGCCUGCGAGGGCUCAGCUCCUCCCUCCCUGCUCUGCUCAAUUUCACUCUCCUCCUCGGUGGUUCCGUGAGCGCCUGGUGCCGGCAGUGCCGUCCCAGCCCUGCACCCCGAGGUCCUCCCGUGGUGAGGACUUGAGUGGACAGUGGCAGUGGGUGGAGAGAGGAGGAGGGUUCGCCCUGCAGGCUCUCUGGAUGCAGAAGCUGGACGUGCUGCAGAGGAGGCUGUACUCUUCCUGGAGCCCGGCUUCUGGGGUGCACCCAUCUCUCGGGGUUCACCUAGGCAGCCUCCGAGUUCCAGGGGCACUCGGGGACGGUGCUGUCCCUUCUGGGUGCUGACAGCAGAGCCUGUCUCCCCUCUGCCACCAUGAGCGGCUGUUCCAGAAGAUGCAAGCUCGGCUUCGUGAAAUUUGCCCAGACCAUCUUUAAGCUCAUCACCGGGACCCUCAGCAAAGAUAAAAUUGAAGAUGAGCUGGAGAUGACCAUAGUGUGCCACCGGCCUGAAGGACUGGAGCAGCUCGAGGCCCAGACCAACUUCACCAAGAGGGAGCUGCAAGUGCUCUACCGAGGCUUCAAAAACGAGUGCCCCAGUGGCGUGGUCAAUGAAGAGACCUUCAAGCAGAUCUAUGCCCAGUUCUUUCCUCAUGGAGACGCCAGCACCUACGCCCAUUACCUCUUCAACGCCUUCGACACCACCCAGGCGGGCUCCGUGAAGUUCGAGGACUUUGUAACUGCUCUGUCGAUUUUACUGAGAGGAACUGUCCAUGAGAAACUAAGGUGGACAUUUAAUUUGUAUGACAUCAAUAAAGAUGGAUACAUAAACAAAGAGGAGAUGAUGGACAUUGUCAAAGCCAUCUAUGACAUGAUGGGGAAGUACACGUAUCCUGUGCUCAAAGAGGACACGCCCAGGCAGCACGUGGACGUCUUCUUCCAGAAAAUGGACAAAAAUAAAGACGGCAUCGUGACUUUAGACGAGUUUCUUGAGUCCUGUCAGGAGGAUGACAACAUCAUGAGAUCUCUCCAGCUGUUCCAAAACGUCAUAUAACAGGGGACACUCAGCCAUCGGCUCUUAGAGACACUGUAUUCGACAACCACCUUGGCACCCUGGUCUGCCCUUGUUCUGAUUUUACACAUCAACUCUUGGGACAGAAACACCUUUUACACUUUGGAAGAAUCCCUGCCGAAGACUUUCUAAGAUGCCUGGCGUCAGUGGCUCAGUCUGAUCGCCAGCUCUUCCUCUUCCCUCCUCUUGAGAGAGACAAGAUGAAAUUUGAGUUUGUUUUGGAAGCAUGCCCGUCUUGUCACGCCGCUGCCCCACAGAAGGUCCCUCUGCUUGAGCUUCAACAGUAGUGCACCGUGUUCUGCUUACGUGCCCCCGCCCGCUGCCUCCAUGUCGAGCAGACCUCGAAGAGUCUGGAAGCCAGAGGACCUCAGCCAAAUGCACACCAUCCUCUGAUGGCCUCCCAAACCAACGUGCCUGUUCCUCUUCCUAUGUGGGAAGAGAGUGUUGUACUGAACAAUUAGAAUUGACCGUGUCUAGAUGGGGAGAGGCAGCACCUAACUCGCGUAGAACAAGACGGAAUUCUGAAGCAUGGCGUUGUCUGAUGACCCAAACUCCCACAGCAUCCGACUCCAGAGGCAAGGACCAAUCAUUCUCCCACACAAGCAUCUGUGCUAGUCACACAAGUCCCCUAACACGCCCAGGGCGGGAGCCAUGGCCCAGUGGAGUGUACCRCCUCUCCAGCCCCUGCUCACGCCCAGCACUGCAUGGCCCUCCCAGAAAUGCCUGCAAAUUGCUGUGAUUUUAUACCAUGUUCUAAUCAAUAAACCGGACUAUUUCUUACGCUCUCAA